AUGGGUGAAGAAAGAGGUACAGAGCCCCAACCGACAACAAUAUGGCAUGGAGCAAGUUUAAGAGACAGUUUCUUGACCGUUGUUCAGAACGCCGGCUCUCAAGAAAUGCGUAAUGGACUUGUGGAAGAUUUCAGAACAGCAUUGGAUAUGUUGGCACAGGCUGCACCUGCUUCUAAUAUUUCAUCGGUUGAAUCAGAAAACAGGAAUGAUCGUGCAGAUACAGUGAUUGUUGUAGAUGAAGAGAAUGCGUCGAGUACUUCUUCUGGUUCGGGUACUAGGCAUAGACUUACUCCAAACGUUAACGGAAAUGAAUUUGGAAGAUCGACAACUGAUAUAACCGAUAAUAGUGAAGAAUAUUCCUCUGCGAAUGAUGCUGCCAGUAAUACGAAUCUUCAGAGGGAAUUGAAUCGUUUAAGAGCACUUGUUCAGAGUGCUGAACUGCAAAGGUUUUGGGUAGUCCUGCUCAAUGUUUUACCUUUCUUCGUCAUUAUAUUUCUUAAAGCUGUUUUUGAUGGAUUCUUUUCAUUAUUAAGCCUUUCGGCAGCAUUUCUUCUUUUUCAUAUUGCGAAUAGCACUUUCAUGGCUUCUCGACGAGAAAAGCGAUACUUUCAUCUUUUGCAGUCAUUCACAUCAUCAAUUUUCUUUUUCAAUUUCCAGUCGCUUUUUUAUGGAUUGGAUUCCAUCUAUAUACCAAUGGCUUUUAUGUCUCGUCUUACGAAUCCGAUCACUUUUUUUGCCACCUUACAUGUUGUACUGGUCGUUGAUUUUGCCGUGAAAAUCAUCACGGUUACAGUGAAAGCUGGGCUCACUGUUUUGCCGACAAAAUUCAUUGGGAACAGACGUUUACGUCGACUUUUCCAAUGGAUCGAAUAUACUAGCCAGUUCUAUCGCUACGUUCUCCCAGUACCUCAGUGGACUCGUUAUCUAAGUUACUCGCUAUUCUCUACUCCACUUACGUAUUUCAGUGAUCAUUUCUUUGCCGUGCUGUAUGUAAUUUAUAAGGCAUGUUUAAUACAAGUAAUUGGUAGGCGUUGGUUUGAAAGUACACGUCGUAUUUUUCGCCUUACAUCUGUUGGUUCGAAAGUUUCAGUAGGUGAAGAAGAUUCAGUUCAAUGUACAAUUUGCUUCAAUGAUUUUUGCAAUCCCAUUAAGCUUUCCUGUGGUCAUAUUUUCUGUGAAGAAUGUAUCGGCACCUGGCUUGAUAAUGAACAUACCUGUCCAAUGUGCCGAGCAACAGUUGCCCAAGAAGAUAAUAUGUGGAAAAGUGGAGAGACGACAUAUUCUCCUCAGUUAUGUUAA